AAAAGAGUCCCCUAGGAUCCUCCAUAUAUUGAUUAACCUAAUUAAUUCAGGUCUCUGCAUCUCUAGCUUUCAAUGUUCCCGAGAAAAGCCAUCGCUGUCCACGCCAUUCGUCCUGCUGCUCCAUUGAACCGACGAUUGCUGCCCACCGCCUCUCCGGUAGUCGCCCUCACUCGUCGCACAUCAGCAACACUGGCUCCCCCCACUAAACAAGCCCCUCCCUCCUCUCGCUCCUCUCCCUCCUCUCUUUCUCCUUCUCCCUCUCCCUCUCUUCCCUCCACAGUUUUGUCUCAUUCUUCAUCAUCUCGAAUUGAUCGGUCGGUUGCUUCCGCUUCAAAUCGAGCUGCUCUUGUUUCUAGACAUUUUUCUUCUUCCGCUACCCCGCUGUCGUCCACCAUGUCCUACACCAUUCGCAAGAUCGGCCAGCCUCACACUCUUGAGCACCGUGUGUUCAUUGAGAAGGAUGGCCAACCUGUCUCUCCCUUCCACGAUAUCCCCCUCUACGCCAACAGUGAGCAGACUAUCCUCAACAUGGUUGUUGAGAUCCCCCGCUGGACCAACGCCAAGCAGGAGAUCUCCAAGGAGGAGUUCCUGAACCCCAUCAAGCAGGAUACCAAGAAGGGCAAGCUCCGUUUCGUCCGCAACUGCUUCCCCCACAAGGGUUACCUCUGGAACUACGGUGCCUUCCCUCAGACCUGGGAGGACCCCAACUCCAUCCACCCCGAGACCAAGGCCAAGGGUGACAACGACCCGCUCGAUGUCUGCGAGAUUGGUGAACUCGUCGGCUACCCUGGUCAGGUCAAGCAGGUCAAGGUCCUCGGCGUCAUGGCUCUGCUCGAUGAGGAGGAGACUGACUGGAAGGUCAUUGUCAUUGAUGUCAACGAUCCUCUGGCUGCUAAGCUGCACGAUAUUGAGGACGUCGAGCGUCACCUCCCUGGCCUUCUCCGCGCCACCAACGAGUGGUUCCGUAUCUACAAGAUCCCCGACGGCAAGCCCGAGAACCAGUUCGCCUUCUCCGGUGAGGCUAAGAACAAGAAGUACGCUAUGGAUGUCAUCCGCGAGUGUGCUGAUGCCUGGGAGAAGCUCAUGGCUGGCAAGAGCAACCCUGGCGAGAUCAGCCUUGCCAACGUUGCUGUCGAGGACUCCCCCUACCGUGCCGACCCCUCUCAGGUUGCCAGCAUUCCCCGCGGUGAGAACCUUCCCCCUGCUCCUAUUGAUGGCAGCAUUGACAAGUGGUUCUUCAUCUCUGGCGCUGCUGUAUAAAUCCAUCUGGAGCAAAAUUUAUAAAAUUUUAGUGUUUAUGUCACCCUGUGGGUGAAUUAUAAUCGACCCUAAUAGUCGAGAAAAUCUACUAGUUCUUGACCCCUUUUGAGACUGAAAGGUCGUUCGUUUUAACUCCUGUAGCGACCCAAGUUCCCUACAUUGAAGAAGAUGAGUAGUUUGCAAGAAAGGGGAAUAUCUUCGAAAGUGUAAUAGUAUAUUUACAUAAAGAGCACUCUGAU